AUGGCAAAUAUGCAAAUCGAUUUAGAACACGAAAUCUUCACACAGCAAUCUUUUGAAAAGCAUCAUGCUUUUACGAACCAGCUCAUAACACUGUCGGAUUUUUUAAAAGGUUUACAAUUGGGUCCGGAAUUGAAUUCGUUACUGGAAAGGUUCAUUGUAAAUUUGAAAGAGCCUCUAGAAAGUCAAAAACUAUUAUUACAACAUGAGCAGGGAUUUUUACAGGCACAAGAACAACGACCUUCGUCAUUUCAAAAUCAAUUAACGGAGGUACAACAAUUAAGUCAGUUAUAUGGGUUGUCACAACAAUUGCAACAAUACGUAAAACAGUUCCAACAACAACACUUACAAUAUUCGCCUCUACCUAAUCGCCAAGAACUCUUACAAAGACAGAUAUAUCUUUUAGAUUCACUUCAACGGUUCACAACAGAGUACCAAAAUUUUUUAACGUCAGAUUACAAACAUAUUCAACAUCAACAAAUUGUGGUAGAAAGCUUAAACCAGUUUCAAUCUAACAUACGAGAAUAUCGUGAAUACUUAAUUGGACAUCAACAAAUUUUGCAACACAAACAAGGUUUACUGCAAAAACCCGUGCACGAUUCGAUUGUAAAAUUAUGUCUUGAUUUUGGUAAUAAAUGUAUAAUUAGUAAAGAAAUUUACAAUGAAUUUCUCUUAAAAUAUCAAAGAUCAGGUUUUCUAAUAAUGCAUUCCCCCAUGAUUGAUGAUAAUCAUAUGAAUAAUAAUAAUUCUGAGCAAUCAGAUGCAUUAGAAAAUAAAUGCAUAGAACUUGAAAAAAAGUGCGAAGAAUUACAGAGUAAUAUUUGUGAUUUAGAAAGUAAAAAUAAUGAGUCCAUUAAAUUACAUUUAGAUCAAAUAGAAGAACUGAAAAGGAAUUAUAGCGCAUUACAAGAAAAAUACAUUGAAUUAGAAAGACAAAACAAUGAAUUACAAAACAAAGAAUUAGAAGAGUCGAAGAAUUCUAUGUGGAAUAAUUUUAAUAUUUUUGAUGGUAAGCCUAAUAAGUCAAAAAAAACAACAAACAAUUCCGAAAGGCACAAAUUUCAAAAUCUCGACAAUAUUCAUAAAAAGCCUGAAAUUAACAUUAAUCAAGAACUUCAAAAGGCUCAAAAUUUUGAAGAAAUUUGUAAAAAUCUUCAAAUACGUAAUCAAACUCUUGAAUCAAGUCAUCAAACCCUCCAAACCAAUUAUCAAAAACUUGAUACAAAAUGUCAAACUUUCGUAACAAAUCAUCAAACUCUUAAAACGGAGUAUGACAACCUUCAAAGAAAAUACCAAAAUCUUGGAAAUGAAUAUCGAACUCUUGAAUCAAAGUUCAAAAAUAAUGAUAAGCGUUUGUCAACGAAUUUAAAAUUAAUAAACGAUUUAACAAAAACUAACGAAGAUUUAAAGAAAGAAGCUACCAAAUAUCAAUCUGCUUUAGGCGAUGCUACAAGUUUUCAUUUAGGAUAUCAAGAUUCUGAUAGCGCUGGUCAACUUUCAAAAGAUAUUCUUGAUUUACAUAAUAUUUUAGAUAA